UACGUGCGUUUAGUUUGUCAAGAAUUCAAUCGUGAGUUGGUCAUACUGAUACUACGUUAGAAAAUAUCAGAAAAGUGAAAAUGGCAGUUGAGUGUGGUAUACGUAUUUUAUUUUAUGUAAUUUUCUCUAUUUUCUUGUUAAAUUCAUGCGACGGUGCAGCGACAGAUAUCGAGUUAGAUGCCAAAGCUCAAUUGUUACAUAGGCUUGAUAGUUUGAAUCUCCUUCUUUAUACAUUUUUGUUAAUAUUAACUGUAUUAACUAUAUGGACAUUCAAGCAUCGUCGACUAAGAUUCCUCCAUGAAACUGGUCUAGCUGUCAUUUACGGGUUGAUCAUAGGAGCAAUCAUUCGUUAUGGAUUUACAACAAAUAGUGCUAUACUGCAUAUGCCAGUUGUACCAGAUAAUAGUAGUAAAUAUAAUCAAUCAGUUCCUCCAGAUACAUUAUGGUUGCGUUUUCCUGAGGACAAAGGUGGUGGUAUAAUUAAAAAUAAAACAUUUGCUUAUACUUUUCGUGGAGAAAUUUAUAAGGAGGAUAAUGAGAUUGAUUUGAAGGCUACUUUUGAUCCAGAAAUAUUCUUUAAUAUUAUACUGCCACCAAUAAUUUUUCAUGCUGGAUAUAGUUUGAAACGGAAAUAUUUCUUUAGGAAUUUAGGAGCAAUUUUAAUGUAUGCUUUACUUGGAACAUCAAUAUCAGCAUUUGUCAUUGGAGCAUUGAUGUAUGCAUUCAUACAAUUGAUACCACAUCUUUCGACAUCGUUUACAUUUUUGGAUACUUUAUACUUUGGUGCUCUGAUAUCUCCAACAGAUCCACUGACAAUAAUUUCUAUUUUUAAUGAUUUGCAUGUAGAUGUUAACUUAUAUGCUCUGGUGUUUGGAGAAAGUGUACUUAAUGAUGCAGUUGCUAUUGUUCUCAGUGGUUCAAUACAAAACUAUGCUGAACGUUACCAAUCUGGAUCAGGAGGAUUCGAAACAGUAGCAUUCUUCCAAGCAUUUGGUGAUUUUGUUGGUAUUUUUAGCUUAUCUUUAUUCAUUGGUGCUACUAUGGGAUGUAUCACUGCAUUGUUAACUAAAUUUACUAGAGUUAGAGAUUUUCCACUCUUAGAAUCAGCUCUAUUUGUCUUAAUGUCUUAUAGUACAUUUUUAAUUGCUGAAGCUUCAGAUCUUACAGGUGUGGUUGCUGUUUUAUUUUGUGGCAUUUGCCAAGCACAUUAUACAUAUAAUAAUUUAAGCCCAGAUUCUCGUCAACGGACAAAACAUCUCUUUGAAUUAUUAAAUUUCUUAGCUGAAAAUUUUAUAUUCAGUUAUAUCGGUGUUUCGAUGUUUACCUUUCCAAAACAUCACUUUGAUCCAGGUUUCAUCUUUGCUGGCUUUCUUUGUGCUCUCUUAGGACGUGCUGCUAAUGUUUAUCCUUUGUCAUUCAUAUUGAAUUUAGCACGAAAACCAAAAAUUUCAAUGAAUUAUCAACACAUGCUUUUUUUCGCCGGUUUACGCGGAGCCAUGAGUUUUGCUCUCGCUAUUAGAAAUACUGUAUCAGAUGCUAGACAAGCUAUGUUAACUACGACAAGUUUAAUUGUGAUUUUAACAGUGAUUUUACAAGGUGGUGCAACAACUCAAUUUUUGAGUUGGUUCAAUAUACCUGUCGGCGUAGAUGAAGAAAUAGAAGGUUUAUCGCAAAAUGGAGUACGUAGUGUGUACAAUUCACUGGACACCAUGGAGUCUGGUGGCGAAGGUGGCUUUGGCGAUCUGGACAUGCGUAGGGAAAGAAGUCCUCCGUAUAAUUCUAUGCAGGAUGGAUCAGUGCCAACCGGUGCAAAACCUAAUGAGAAAGCAUUGCUCGCUAGAAUAUGGGGUGAUUUUGACACACGAUAUAUGAAACCGCUAUUAACGCACUCGAGGCCUACCUUGUUAGAAACAUUACCAGUGUGUUGUGGUCCAUUAGCAAGGAUUCUCACAACAACACAGCAAAUGACACAGGAUGAUGUUUCAAGAAAAAUUGAUUCAGAUUCUGACUUUUGUCUGGAAGAUCGUGAAAUGGAACGAAGAAGGAUGAACGUACAGCCGAGAAAAAGAAAUCAUGAUGAUGAUGAUGAUGAUGAUGAUGAUGAUGAUGAUGAUGAGGAUGAUGAUGAUGAUGAAGACUUAAGAAUCAUCGGAAUGGAAGGAUUUAUUCCGUUACGAACAUUAUAACAGCAAAGAAGCCAAUCAAAUAAUUUUUUGAUCAAUUAAAUUUCAAGUGAUUUGCAAUGUGCAAUUCAGAAAAUUUAAUAUUUUCUUUCAACUAGUAUGAAGAAUUUUCAUUCUUUCUUUUCCUCCAUUUUUUCAUUUUUUUUCUUUUCAUUUUUCUUCAUUUUUUUUGUGGAAAAUAGUGGGAAAUAAUAUUAAUAGAAGGAGUAAAAAACGAUUUGAUACGAUUUAUCUCUUUCUCAUAGGAAACAUUUUCCAAUGAUGUAAAUGUUGAAACAUACAUGAUUACCAAGUUAUUUGUUAUUUAACAUAUAACUGUUAGACUUAUGUCUUUGUCAGCUUCCUGAAUAAUAGUACAAGCAUAACAUUGAUAUAAGUUAUAUAAAAAGGAAAAGAGGAGUAAAUAAUUUAGUCAUUAAGAUCUUUGUCUGUAUCAGUAAGCAUAUAUAAGUAUACCUUGUGAUUUUUGAGAAAGUAUUAAUAUGAUAGGUAGUAAUGAACGUCUAAAUGUUCCGGUGUAUAUACACACAUUUUUCUAAUUUAUAUUCUCUGUAUUCAAAUAUUCUUUUUAAAUUUGAGUUACAUAGAAGUCAUAUAAUUACACUGAACAUUAAACAUAAUUUUCCAUAUAUUUAUUGUUAGCAAAAUAUGCCUAAAAUGCAAUCAGUCUUAUGUGUACAAGAGUUUAUUAAUUAAAUCAACAUUUCUUAUAAACAUUUUUAUAUUGUUCAAAAGUAGCAUUUAAAAAUAUCUCUCUAAGACAUUAAAAAAAGAAAAAAGAAAAAAAAAUGAAAAAUUGUUCUAAGAAACUCUAGUACACAGUUCCUGCUUUACUUUAUAUUAUCUCAUUCUUUUCAUUACCAUAUGUUUUAGAGAUUUUGACUGAAUUUAUUUAUUUUUUAUUUUAUUUCUUUUUUUUUUUAAUUAUUAUUAUUUUUAUUUUAUUUUGUUCUUUUUUUUCUUUUUUCUUAUUCUAAUCUAGUUUAUUAAUAUUCUUGCAUGCCGCCUGAUAAAAAUAAUCUUUUUCAUCUCAGGCUUGGAUAUCAUGCAAGGAAUGUUAUAUAAAUAGUAUUAAUUUAUACACAUUCGCAUUUUUUGCUACUUAAUUCUGUGUUGGUAUCAAUCAUUCAAACAGAUUUCUGUUGCAUAGAGAAUCUUCGAAAGAAAGAUGCUUUUACAAAUUUCAUGUGAUGAUAUGUUGUAUGAGAGCAAUAACAUACUUUUCAUGCAAAUAAUUACUUUUAAUGGUUAGUAAAGACUUACUAUGCUAUUUCUUUGUAUUAACGUUUUUUUCUCUCUCUAUUAUGAUAUGCUUCUUUAAGUUGCAUAAAUAACAAGCUUCUUCCUAAAAUUCUGCUAAAAAGUUGCCCAUGAGGUCGUCAUAAUUUUUGUGUUAUCGACUUUAAUUGUACACGUUAUUUAUAUUUUUUAUUUUUAUUUGAAUUUCAUUUUUUAUUAAACAUUUGGAUAAUGUCUAGUAAACAACUUUCGUAAUAUAAAAAGAUUAUUGUGUGCAAUUAAUAAUAUACUCAUAAUGAAAUUAUGUUAAUUAUGAAUUUAUAAUUAAUAUAAUUCGUCGAUUAUUUCUCAUUUUAUUAUUAUUGUUUAUAUACAUGUUGACAUGUAUUUUUUAAGUAUAUAAAUUAUUUAUGUUCGAUUUUUCUGUGAUACACAUUAAUAUUGUGAUUAUAAGAAAUAGUAGCGAACUAAAGAUCUAA